AUGGCUCUGAACUACAGUUCCAUCGACGACAAUGAUGCCUUUUCGUUCAGGAAUCUUGAAAGAAAUGCAAAAAUUGAAAAGAUGGGGCUCAAAAUGCCGAGUUUCCGUAAAACUGGUACUACGAUUGUGGGUGUAACUACUCGUGAUUGUGUUAUUUUGGCUGCCGAUACACGUGCUACAUCUGACACAAUAGUUAUGGAAAAAAAUUGUGAAAAAAUACAUUAUAUUGGCAAAUACAUGCAUUGCUGUGGUGCCGGUACAGCAGCAGACACUAUGCAAGUUACUCGCAUGGUAUCUGCCAAUGUUUCUUUGCAAGCAUUCAAGUUUCCUGAUGAAAUGGUGCCUGUUGCAUUCGCUGCCAGGUCGCUUCGUCAGUAUCUCUUUAAAUACAUGGGAUAUGUUUCAGCCGCUUUAAUUUUAGGUGGCAUUGAUAACAGUGGUGCACAUUUAUACUCAAUUUAUCCUCAUGGUUCAAUUGAUAAAUUACCUUACAUAUCUAUGGGAUCAGGAAGUAUGGCAGCCAUUUCUGAACUUGAAAGCCGCUGGAAUGAAAAUCUAACAGAAGAAGAAGGCAUGAAACUGGCAUGUGAUGCAAUUUUGGGUGGUGUAUUUAAUGAUCUUGGUUCCGGAAGUAAUGUAGACCUUUGUGUCAUCAAAAAAGAUGGGACUCGUAUGCUCAGGAACUAUUUGACACCCAAUAAGAAACCGGCUACUGCCAAAUAUGUCUAUCCUUCUGGUUUAACCAAGGUUUUAUGCAAAAGUGAAAUAAAGUUUGAAAUUGCAGAGGAAACUGUCAUGGAAGUUGAUGCUUAA